UAUAAAAUGUCAGGAUGUGGAAUGCUGGAGCCACAGUCUUACCUUCUCCUGGGGUCUGAAGAUUUCCUCUCUGCCCUCCCUGCUCUUCAAUUGCCAUCAUGAAGCUCCUGGCGUUCCUGGUCCUGGUGGCCGUUUCCACCUUCCUGGUCUCUGGCCAGAAUGCAACGGAUGCUCCCUCUGACACCUCUUCUGCUGCCUCCACUGCUGCCGUGACCACUGCCCCUGCUUCCACGACCUCUGCCGCCAGCACCACUGCUGCUACUACCAGGAAGAACUUUCUUUCAGGGAGUAUAUUCGAUCAGAUAAGGAAAAUCCUGGGAAAAUGAAACUCAGAAACUUUUAUGAGAUAGAGUCAGACUGGGCCCUCUGCGUGUGAUCCCGCUGGGCUGGGCCAGAAUGUCCCUUCAUCUGAUUUAAUGCAACUACUUACCAUGCCUACCUUCUCUUUCUUACCUCUAAUCAGUUUAUCUGCUUUCAAAUAAAGAUUAAUAAUGAGCAACAUCAAAAAUAGUA